AUGCAGCUUGUGUUUCUCCCAUACAAAUAUUGACAUCUCGUUGCUAGGAAAUGACACGGCUGCCUGGGUACUGUUCUUCAUAAUGGCCACUCACAGCCUUGCCACCACCACCAUCAUUAUCAUUAUCACUCACACCACCACCGCCAACUUUUGACAGCAGCUCUUCUGAAGAGGGACUGUUCACAGCAAUCACUUUUCAUCAACCACAUCAUUUUUACCUUCAUUUUUCAUCACCUUUUACCAACCACUCCACUUCUCAUUCCCACUUAUACAUCUUCUCUCACACUCAUUCAUCACCCAACCCUCCAAAAAUGCCCGAAGAGCAAAACCCCCCCCUCGAGCUCCGCGGCGGCAGAAGCAGAAGCUACUCAACCCCCGCCGGCUUUUUAUCUCGCUUCUUCCGCCCCCAUCAACAACAACAACAACAACAACAACAACCUUCCUCCUCACACCACCAUCACCGAUCUCGCCGCUCCCACCAUCAAGGCCCCUCCCCCCCACCAUCAUCAUCCUCCCACAACCACCACCCAUCUUCCAAACCAAAACAUAAAUACCCCCCCAACCCCAACCCCUCCACAGACCACGUCUACGACAUCCCCCUCAACAAAAAGCCCUCCCCUCGCCACCGCAACCCCUUCUUCCGCCACCGUCCCCCCAAACCCAAGCACAAAAAAUCCCCCUCCAGCAACAUCGGCACCCCCCCAGGAAAGAAACGCUCCCUCUCCAAAGCCGGCUCAAGAAUCUCCACCUCCACCAAACCAGCCAAAACCCGUCUAACCCUAGACCUCAAACCCCUCCUCGACUCCAACCCCUCCUUCCUCAAGCUCUCCUUCCAGUUCCGGUCUUCUUCCGGUGGGUUGGCAGUCGGCCGAGUAGAGCGGUUCAUCCGAGACGAACUCAAGUCUGAGAAACAAGCCGUGGUCAUAUUAUUCACCUCCUCGGGAAAACAACUAGAAACCGGCGCCCAAAUCCCGUCUUCACGUGGCAGGUCGUCACGGGUGACGGUUUGGUACCGACUCGUGGAUGACAACAACAACAACAACAACAACAACACCCCCCCAACAACAAAAUGGGAGUUUUCCAUUUGCAUCAACAACACCCAAAAGAUGGAACUCAACAAACUCAUUGAAGAGGACGGCGCAACAGUGGGGGAGGUGAGGAAACAAAUAGCGGGUUACCUUGAGAUUAAAGAGCCAAGAAGGAUAAGGCUGUACGCCGACGAUGGGAUGUUUCACGGGUUCCUCCAGGGGGAGGGGUGGGUGUUGCGGGAGUUGGGGAAGAGGUGGCUGACGAGGUAUCUGGCGGUUCAUGUCCGGCACAGGGAGGGUUGGGUGGAGGUGAGGCUGAAGGGGUGGGGGAACGAGAGGGCGGGAAGGAGGUAUGUUGUUCAUCCGGGGAGUGGGGAGGGGAAGUGGACUGUGAGGGAUUUGAAAGCAAAUUUUGUGACGGGGGGGGUGGUUAACGUCACUGAGGGGAGGGGGAGGAGUCGGUUGUCGAGGAAGGGGUUGUUGGGAUCGGGGGGGUUGAGGGUGAGGUUUGAUGGGAAGAGGGUGGGGGAGACCGAAGGGGUGGUUUGGGGUGGGGUUUACGAGGUUGAGUUUGGGGGGGUGGAAGAAGCAGAAGUUUUUGCUGGGGAGGAGGGGUGGUUGUUGAGGGAGACGGAGAGCUGCGAUGUUUGUGUUGAGGGGAGGAGGGUGACGGAUUUUCCGGUUAGGGUUGUUGCUGGGGGGUGUAAGGGGCAUAAGCCGCCACUUUGCGGGGAGUGUUUGGGGCGGUGGUUGGUGGAGAGUAUGGAGGCGGGGAGGUGGAAGAGGCUGAAGUGUCCAGACACGGACUGCUCAGCUGUCCUGGGACAUCACGAUGUCAAGCGGUACGCGACAAGAGAGGUUUUUGAGCGGUAUGACCGGUGGUUGCUGAGGGAUGCGCUGGAGCAGACGAAGGGGUAUGUCCAGUGCGUCACUGUGGGCUGUGAGUAUGGUUGUGUGGUUGGGGAUCAGGAGGCGUGUCCUACCUUUAACUGCAGGAAGUGCAAGGGCAGCCACUGUAUCAAGCACAAUGUCUCCCAUCCCGAGGAAACAUGCAAGCAAUACCGAAGGAGACAAAAAGAUAAAAAAGAACAGGAGGAAGCCUCGGAAAGGGAAGUGGCCGGGAUGACCAAGGAUUGCCCCAAAUGCGGGAGGAGAGUAAACAAAACGGCUGGGUGUAAUCACAUAACCUGCCACUGCGGUCACGAAUGGUGCUAUGUCUGCACCGCCUCUUACUUUCACGCCCAGGGCACCGGUCUUCUCCUCUGCCGUCACAACGAAGGCUGCACCGAAGGCCCUCUCCCCGGCGCCGAGCUCUUCAACGAUGAUGGCACCCUUCGAGAUCCAACCGGGCAGCGACUUCCACAUCGUCCGUUCUUUCACCGGCCGGUCAUUCCUGCCGAUAUCCCAGGUGCUGCUCCACAGGGUGUGCCUGGCAUGCCUGGAGCAGCGUGGCUCUUUCCUCAUCUUCAGAGACGUAACAGGCAGCCUGAACCACCAGUUGCUACUGCACCCGCUGCCCCGGAGGAGCCACCCGCGCCUGCACCGGAACCCGGAGACAGAGACCCGCCCAUGAUGACGGGGGCAAAUCCGGGGUUGGUGAGGGGAACUCCUCCUCCGUGGGCGCCGGGGAUGGCCGGAGCGAGGCCGAGGAUGAGAGGUACUGGAGCGGAGGCGGCGAGACGAGCAAGGGGGUUGGGCUUUCAUGUUUAGUUGAGAUGCUGAGGGAGAUGCCUGCUUACGACUUCAUGAGCUUUACACCACGAUCUUUGUUUUCCUUUGUCUGGGCCUUGGAGUUUCGCAUUCUACGGAUAACGACACAUAUAUAAGAGGCAUUCGCGCUCACAGCGGCUGGAGGGGGUUGGGUUAUGGUUAGAAGGAUUGGGUAUAUACAUAGAUGGAUGGGAAAUUGGGUAUUUGGCGACUCUCUGGGAUUUUACAUACCUGCUCUCUAUUUAUUUUGUGUUUUGAUGUCAUCUUUUCUUCCUACUGUCCCCAUACACCGGCAUGCAGAAAGCAGUUUUCUCGUCCGAUUCUGAGUCAAACCUGCGGCUCUGUGGCAGUGACACAAAAACCAGAGACAAUAACAAAAACUCCGUAAUCAUCUGGAUGUAACAAGCUCUUGUACACACCGAGCUUUGAUAGCUGUGUGGGUCGGAAGUUCCAAACCACAUCCAAAGAAAACAACGUUUCGACGAUCAAACUCGUUUACCCGCCCUCGCCUCCAGAGGUUCUUCUUCAGCAACGUGGCCGAGCGGCUGGGUCCGUCCCCGUUCAGGCCAUUGUCAGAGGCCCGAAAGUUUCUUCUUUUUUUCUUCUUUUUUUUUACUUCUUUUUUUUUCUUUAUUUUCUUCUUUUGUUUUUCUCUUUUUUCUCUCUUUUUUUUUCUCUUUCUCUCUCUCUCUCUCUCUCUCUCUCUUUUUUUUUUUUUUUUUUUGCAGUUGCAGUUGCAGUUGCAGUGGAAUUCUCGAUGUUGUCAUUCUGUCGCACACAGCACACACACACACCGUUGUCCGUCCUCGCCUGUUUCUCCGAGUCUUUGCAUUACCGCCCGCUGAACCGAACACCGCAGGUUUGAACCGGCAUUGGGACGAGAGGAGACAAAUAUUUCUUCUCCGACAGAGUAUCACCGGCGCCAUGAUGGUGCGAUGCAAGGCACGGCAUAGGUAGGUGAUGUCGUGCAUCGAUGAGGCCAAGCGGGCUGAGUGGUCGGCCGUUUUUUCCCCGCAAAGGAAGGGUCUGAUCUGGUCUGUGUUUAGGGCCAAGGGGGAAGGUCUUUGGCUUCGCAGACGCGAAAUUGCAGAUUCACAUUCAGCGUGACGCUGGUGAUUGGGUGGG